GCACGGUUACAUAACAGAAAAACAGAGGCUUUUCCGCGUCGCAAUGGUUUCUCCUUUCUCUUUCAUUCUGUUUAAGAAGCACACAAUUUUUUGAAUAUUCGCCGGAGCCCGAAUAUUCCGUCCACUGAUAGCUUCUCCGUGUUUAACUGACUACACCCACCCGCUAACGUUUAGUAACCGUUAAAACCUCACUUUUUCUAGCCGUUGUUUACAAAUUUCUCAAUUAGGGUUUCAUCCAAUUUUUCCAAGAAUUGGAUUUUUGAGGUUCUAUCGGAAAUCGAAGCUGCAAUGUUCACUCCGAAGCGGCAGUGGCAGGGGCCCUCGAGAACACCUAGGAGUGAAGUACGUACGCCAAACCCUACUGCCGGCAAGGAGAAGUUGGUGGCUUUUAUCGACGGCCCUCCGCCGCCAAGGGCCUUGUUGAAUGACAAUGGGGAUAGAGCUGAGACGGAGAAUAUGGAUGAUUGGCGAAGGUUUCGGGAGGUGGGGCUGCUGGAUGAGGCGUCUUUGGAGAGGCGCGAUCGAGAGGCAUUACUUGAGAAAGCCCAGAGGCUCGAAAGCGAGCUUCACGAUUAUCAGUAUAACAUGGGAUUGCUGCUAAUUGAGAAUAAAGAGUGGACUUCAAAGCACGAUGAACUUCAUGAAUCUCUUCUAGAAGUGCAGGAGCUCCUCAAACGUGAAAAGGCAGCUCACUUGAUUGCAGUUACUCAAGUGGAGGAACGGGAAACAAAUUUGAGAAAGGCUUUGGAGGUUGAGAGACAGUGUGUGGCAGAGCUUGAGAGGUCUCUGCGUGAGAUACAUGCGGAGCGUGACAAAAUCAAGAUAACGUCUGAUACUAAGCUGGCUGAUGCCAAUCAUUUGGUGGCCGGAAUUCAAGAUAGGUCUUUGGAAGUGCAACAAAGGUUGCUUGCUGCUGAUGCAAAGCUUGCUGAGGCCAGCCGGAAGAGUCUAGAGAUGGAGAGGAAGUUGCAGGAGGUUGAGACACGGGAAAGUGUUCUUAAAAGGGAGCGCAUGUCCUUUAUCUCUGAGCGGGAUGCACACGAAGCAACUUUUAUGAAGCAUAAAGAAGAUAUGCGGGAGUGGGAACGGAAGCUGCAAGAAGGUGAAGAGAGACUUUGUCAGAAUAGGAGACUUAUUAAUGAGAGAGAGGAGAAGUUAAUUGAACUUAAUAGGAUGUUAAAGCAUAAAGAGAGUGAAUUUGCUGAAGAACAGAAGAGGGCUGAGUUUCUAAAUUUAAACCUUAAGAAGAAAGAAGACGAGGUCAAUAAAAAACUUUCCGAGCUGAUCGAAAAAGAGGAAAAAGCUGAAGCUCUUAGAACAAAUUUAGAGAUGAAGGAAAAAGAUUUAAGUGCGUUGACUGAGAAGCUGAGCGAGAGAGAGAGGGUGGAGAUUCAGAACCUUGUUGAUGAGCACAGAGCUGCAUUCGAGAUAAAAAAGCAGGACCUUGACGUAGAAAUGGAAGAGCAGAGAAAGUUGCUCGAGGCUGAGUUUAGAGUCAAAAUGGAUGAAUUGGGUAAAAAGGCGAACGAAAUCAACCAUAUGGUGGAAAAAUUGAAAAAGCAGGAGCAGGCUCUGGAGAAGAAAUCAGAAAGAGUCAAGGAGAAAGAGAAGGAUAUUGAUGUAAAGUCGAAGGGGUUGAAGGAAAAAGAUAAGGCCCUGAAAUUGGAGGAGAAGAAUCUAAACUCUCUUAGGCGAGAAACAGAUUCUGAGAAAGAAGCUUUACAAAUUCUCAAAGAUGAGCUUGAGAAGAUGAAAGCUGAGAUUAGUCGGACAGAAAUGCAGAUUAAUGAUGAAACAGAGAAGCUUAGAAUUACUCAAGAAGAGAGGGAGAAGCACAAUCAUUUGAUAGAGGAAUUGAAACAGGAGAUACAGAGGUACAAUCAUCAGAAGGAUUUGCUUUGUAAGGAACGUGAUGAUUUGAAGCUAGACAGGAAGAGAUUUGAGGAAGAGUGGGAGGUUCUUGAUGAAAAAAGAGCUGAAGUUACUAGAGAGUUGCAACAACUUGACGAAGACAAAAAAGCAAUUGAAAAAUUGAAACAUUCUUUGGAAAAGAAAUUGGAAGAAGAUAAAAUUGCCACCGAAAACUACAUUAAGAGGGAGAUGGAGACUCUUAGACUCGAGAAAGAAUCAUUUGCUGCCACAAUGAAGCAUGAGCAGUCAAUGUUAUCAGAAAAAGCUCGGCACGAGCAUAAUCAGUUACUUCAUGAUUUUGAGACUCGUAAGAGGGAUCUUGAGGCAGAAAUGCGAGAUAACCAUGAGGAGUUUGAGAAAUCUCUUCAGGAAAGAGAGAGAGCAUUUGAGGAGAAGACUGAGAAAGAACGUAGCAGUAUAAAUCAUUUGAAGGACGUUGCUGAUAAGGAAGUUGAAAAUAUGAGGUCAGAGAGAAGCAGAUUGGAGAAGGAUAGAGAGAAUAUUGCCCUGAAUAAGAAACAGUUGGAAGAACAGCAGCUAGAAAUGCAAAAUGACAUUAAUGAACUUGGCGUUUUAAGUCAAAAGCUUAAGUCGCAGAGGCAACAAUUUAUCAACGAGAGAAGCCGAUUUGUUUCUUUUCUUGAGAGGAUAAAGAGUUGUCAAAACUGUGGGGGCAUGGCAAGCGACUACAUGCUAGCUGACAUUCUUGUUACUGAACUGGACGAAAACGAGGCUUCUCCCCUUCAGGCAAUGGGAGAACAACUUCUGGAAAAAGUUGCUUCAUAUGAUUUGAAGGCUAAGACACCUCGUGGUGAGAAUGAUAGAAAAUCUCCGGAUUCUGGUGGGCGUAUUUCCUGGCUUCUUAGGAAGUGCACUCCAAGAGUCUUCAAGUUGUCUCCAACCAAGAAACUUCAAGACGUGCCUUCUCAAAACUUGGACCAAGCAUUGUCUGAUACACUGGUCAAUGCUGCUCAAAAUGUUGGAGAAUCCAGCAUGCCGCCGGUUGGAGCUUCUGCUCAAUCUGAUGCUCCUGAAAUAGAUCGUGCAGUACCAGAAGUUUCAGAAGAUUCCAAGCAGUCAGAGAUGACGCAUCGUGGACGAAAAUCUGCUCGAAAACCAGGGGAUGGAAUCCACAGAACACGUUCUGUUAAAGCAGUAGUUGAAGAUGCUGAAGCUUUCUUGAGAAGGACAUCAAAACAUGGCGAGCCAAAUGAGCAGCAAAAUAAGGACGCCCCUGCUUCUGCCAACGAGGAUAGUAGAGGAGAUUCUGGCUUUACUGGUAAAGGAGUCGGUUCCGUUCGGAGAAAGCGAGCUCGUGCAGCAUCUUCUAAAAUGAGUGAUGGCGAUGAAAGUGAUGGUCAGUCAGAAAGCGUGAGUGUGGGUGGCCGCAGGAAGAGGCGGCAAACAGCUGCUCCAGUGGUACAAGAUGCUGGGAAGUCACGUUAUAACCUUCGACGGCAUACAGUUAAGGGCAAAGGUAUCGCUGCCUCAACAGACUCUGAGAAAAGACCAGAUAAAGAAGUUGGUGAUGUGGCUGCACCACUGGAUAAUGAAAUUACUUCCACACCAAUUGAAGAAGUCGAGGAUUCGGCUCAGGUCGUGUCUUAUAAACGUGUACAAACAAAGACGGUCAUGGUUGAUAGAGUAGUCAGGUUUGUGCCAUCAGAAGCCAAUAACGAUGAAAACUCGAAUCCUGUCAUGCCCGCGAAGAAUGUGGAAAUAGUCAGCGAGGAGGUCAAUGGAACACCAGAAUACAACGACGAAGAUGAGCACAACAGCCCAUUGCGCGAGGAAGAAGAAGAGGAAGACGAAGAUGACUACGACGAUGAUAAUCCGGGUGAAGCUUCAGUGCCCAGAAAGCUUUGGAAAUUCUUCACAUCGUGAUGGCGUUUCUUGAUACUUGUAACUUUUAAUUUUAGACGUAUUAGAACUGCACAAGGUUAAAUGUUGUGUAAUAUCCAUAGGUAAGUCGUGGAUUCCGAAUUGUUGGGAUCUCUUUUUUGUUUAGAACCCUACAGCAUAUUCGGUUUUGUAAUCAGGUUCUAUUUCAAAACCUCAUUUUUCUUUA